AUGAGUUCUAGCUCGGAGACGUUGGUGAUAAUCGGUGAUCGUGGAUUGCCCUCAAAGUGUGUAUGUGGUGAAAGGGGUCACUUAUUUAAGUGGGUGGAGGAUGCUAUUUAUGAGGAAGUUGAAGAUGCAUUACCAAAACUAGGAAUCAUGGCAAACGAGAUUGUUAAAGCCAAAGCUGAGAUAAAUGAGCUUAAUGUUGCUAUGCAAGAGUUAAAGGAAGAUGCAAUGCAAAGGAAAAGAGUCAUAUGCAAGCUUAAACGGUUGUGGAAAAUGUGUUUUCUGUGGCUUUGUGUAAUAACAAUUUAA